AUGAGCGAGACCAAAAGGACGGUGCUCCUGGCGGAGAAAAGAUAUGACGAGGGACCGACCUCCGUGACGAACAAAAAUAUUCUCUUCAAGGAGCACAAACAUGCAAACGAAUUCCGGGAGACCUUUAUUAACAUCGACACGGACUACAGCCUGGACAGUGAAAAGGAAAAAAAUAACAUCCCCCUACUGAAGGUGUUUAAAAAAAAGUUAAGAGAAGAGAAGGCAUGCACUAGAGUGUUGAUCCUCUUCCAAACAUCGAGGGAAGCAAGUAGGAGGAGUUGUGUGAAGGAGCGUCUGCUCAAUAUGCUACAGCAACACUACAACCAAACAAUCACAGGUGUGUGUAUCUUUGUCAACGUGCACUCCAUCAUGCUGCUAGAAUGUGUGGAAACGAAAAAUGUGUUCUCCUUAAUUAAACAGCUAAAAGGGGUGAAGAAUGUGUCCGCGGUGCAGGUUUUAUAUUUCAGCGAGUUGAACAAGAAGAGCGUGACGGACCACUUUGCCUUCUUCGAGUACACUAAGGAGCAGCCCAAGGGCGCGCCCCUCCCCGGCGAGCACAACUACGUGGAAGAGGUGUGGGAGCUGUACAUAACGACCCUGCAGUUCUGCUGCCUCGUGAAGAAGAACUCAGAGCAUCAGGACAUCCUCGACAAAAACGAAAACAUUAAAAAGAACUUCGCCCUGCUGCCCCACUUGUAUAGCGACGCCGCCAGGCAGUACUUAUGGACCGCCGACGGUAAUGAGAUCAGCGUGGGGGAUAUAUGUGUGUGUGUAGGGGGGGGGGGAGAUAAGAGGAAAAGGGGUACAAGUGAUAAAAUGGACAAAGGGGUGUCAGGAGUGCAUGCGCCACUGUGA